AUGGCCGACCCCCUCAUUGUCGACGAAACGCGGCCGCUGCUCGCAGACACGGUCUACAAAACACAUUCUGCCACCACCACUACCGUCGACGAACAUCCUGAUCUCGAAGCAGAUGGCCAUGGAUUGCGCCGCGAUGACCUCGUCGCGUUCGCCGACGACCCGGACAACCCGCGCAAUUGGCCAGCCGCCUUUCGCUGGACAAUUGUGUUCCUGCUUGCGUUUAUGGCCUUCACCGUGACGUUCACCUGCAUUUCCGUCGUCCCCUUUGCCAGCCACAUUGUCGACGAACUCGAGGGCCGUGGCAAAAAUGGUUCCGCGGACGACGACGGCGGCAGCGGCGUCGGGUCCGCCAGCGUGCUCCUCGUCACCAUUUGGGAGCUCGGAGAGGCCGCUGGCCCGCUCGCCAUUGCGCCGCUGUCCGAGACCGUUUCGUGGGGCCGCGCCAAGGUCCUGACUGCGACGUCCGCGCUCUUUGCGCUGGCCACCGCCUUUGCGGCUGUGGCACCCAGCACCGCGCUCUUUAUCGUGGCCCGCGGCCUUACAGGCCUCGCCGUUGCCACCAAUGUGCUCAACCCCGCCAUCGUGGGCGACAUGUUCCCACCCGACCAACGCGGCUCCGCCAUGUCGCUCGUCCAGCUGACCCCGCUCAUCGGCGGCGCCAUCGGCCCGGCUAUUGGCGGUGCUGUGGCCGACACCUGGGGAUGGCGGUCCGUGCUGUGGUUGAGUACGGGACUGGCCGUCGCCUGCAACCUUCUCGUGUGGGCCGCCUUCCGUGAAACGUACCCGCCCGCCAUCCUUCGCAUCCGCCACGACCGUCUGCGGAAAGAGCGACAGACACCCGGUGCACUGCAAGCCACCAAAUUGGCAGGCGCGGCCAGCGUCCCUUCCUCGCCAUCCUCUUCCUCGCUGUCGUCGUCGCCCGCUCCUUCUCCUUCUCCCACAGUCUCGGUGCCGACCUCGACGUCGCCUUCCUCCUCCGGCCUGCGCCACAUCCGCGACGCCGUCCUACGCCCCGCCAUCUUGCUCGCCGACUCCUUUGUCCUGGCCUCCCUCGCCACCUACGGCGCCGUUCUCUUUUCCUACUUUUACGUCAUGUCCGUCUCGCUGCCCGACAUCCUCGAGUCCCGUUACGGCUUCUCGUCCGCAGCCACGGGCUCGUCCUUCCUCGUCUUCAGUACCGGCGCGUUUUGCAGUGUCGUCAUCUGCAACCGUUACCUCGACCCCAUCUAUCGCCGCCUCACCAGCACCCGCGGCCGCCUCUCCCCCGAGGAUGGUGUCACCCGCAUCGGCCGUCCUGAGUUCAAGCUGCCGCUGGCUACCUGCUGUGGCAUCUUGCUGCCCCUCGCCCUCGCCGCCUACGGCUGGUCCGCUGAGCUCGUGCUGCCCCUGCCCUAUCUUCUGUUCUCUGUCGGCUUUAUGGGCGCGUCCAUGAUGCUCACCUUUCUCCCGCUGGCCGCCUACGUUGUCGAUGCCUUUGGCCUGUACGCCGCCUCCGCCAUGACGGGUAUCAUUGUCUCUCGCUGUCUGUGCAGCACCUUUCUGCCUCUGGCCGUUGCACCGCUCAUUGCUACUUUUGGCUACGGCUGGGGCUUCAUGGUCCUGGCCGGCAUCUGUCUCAUCGUGACGCCCGUACCCGUUUUCGUAUAUAUUUACGGCGAGAAAUGGCGCCAGCUUUCCAAGUACACACGGGAUGCGUAG